AUGCUCAUCCAAGCAGCCGGGCGGCGGGGGCCACUGGACGGGUGCAAAGUGACGAGGCUCUGGGGAGAGACUGGGACACACAGCCUUAUCCGCGCGCGAGGGAGGGCUCGUUUAACCAUUAACAACCAUUAACCAUUAAGGCAGCUGUGCAGAGCCGGUACUCUAGGCUACAUAAGGCGUGCGCACCGGCGCCCACGUCUCAAGCCCGAGCGCGUUACCAAGAGGCGGAGGAUACAUCCAGCCACGCGAAGGAGUGCUCGCGCUGUUACUGACCGUCACUCCGGUCCGAACGCACUGCUCUCCGGACCGCUGACCCUGAAAGGUGACUUUCUGCUCCGGUGGGAGAGGCGGGCUACUUUUUCGCCGGCAGUAAUUCAAUCUUCGUACCGCAGACCUUUAAAUAUCUCCCUUGAAAAACCUCCCAGCAGCCACGUGGUGUAAGUAUGCUUUCUUCUUUUUUUUGCCGGUCUACCUUGAGCACCUUGCAGUGAAUGGAGAACAUACUGGUUCUGCUCCCUAAGCACCGACAGGAACACGGGCUGUGCAAACGCCCGGCUGCAUGUGCCUUGCUGCAGGUUUUCACCUACAGAGCCGAUUUCUCCAGGUCUUUAGCAGCGACCCCCACUCCCUGUCAGCCUCUUUAAUGGGAUAAAUCAAUUGGACUGAUCAGGUUCAAAACCAGAUCAGAGGGCCAACUCCAUUCUGACUUCCCCAAAACUGUUAGGCAACCUGACAUUUUUCUUGUCACGUCCACUGUCUUCCAAAGGCUUCCGCAUGGUACUUUGGUCGAAAGAACUAGACAAACUCACUGACAUCAGCAUGUCCUCGGGGGCCAUUGAGGCGAAGAAGGAGGGCGCCCCUCCGAGCCCGGCUCUACUCAACUCCAACUGCUUCGUCCCCCCGGUGAUCCUCACCCAGGCCUCUGAGGAGGGGAGCCCAGGGACCGGGGGCGAGUUCGAGCUCACAGAGGUCCCGUCUCUCACAGAGGGGGCCGGCGAGGCCGGAGAGGAUGAGGAGAGGACAGAGAUUGUGGUGGCGAUGGACUGCCGGGCCAAUGCCAAAGGUCAGCGCGAGGAGGAUGCUCUUCUGGAGAACGCGAGCCAGAGCAACGAGAGCGACGACACCAGCACCAACCAGAGCCCAGAACCACCCGCACCCCUUAAGGAGACCUCCUUCUCCAUUGGCCUGCAGGUGGUCUUCCCGUUCCUGCUGGCCGGGUUCGGGACAGUGGCAGCUGGAAUGGUGCUAGACCAGGUCCAGCACUGGACGGUGUUUACGGAGGUGUCGGAGGUGUUCAUCCUGGUCCCAGCACUGCUGGGCCUCAAAGGAAACCUGGAGAUGACGCUGGCCUCCAGACUUUCAACAGCGGCUAAUAUUGGUCAGAUGGACACCGCUAAGAACAUGUGGAAGAUGAUCAUGGGGAACUUGGCCCUCAUCCAGGUCCAGGCCACAGUGGUGGGGUUCCUGGCCUCUAUAGCUGCUGUGAUCUUCGGCUGGAUCCCAGAGGGCCACUUCAGGCUGGGCCACGCCGUGCUGCUGUGUGCCUCCAGUGUGGCUACUGCCUUCAUCGCCUCUCUGCUGCUAGGGCUCAUCAUGAUCGGGGUGAUCAUCGCGUCCAGGAAAGUCGGCAUCAACCCUGACAAUGUGGCCACGCCCAUUGCUGCUAGCCUGGGUGACCUGAUCACCCUGUCCCUGCUGGCGGGCAUUUCAACUGGACUGUACAAGGAGCUAGAUUACAAUGACUAUGCCAACCCGCUGGUGUGUGCGGUGUUUGUGGCGUUGUGCCCCCUCUGGGUGCUGAUAGCCAGGAGGAUCCCGUCCACCAGAGAACUGCUCUACUCCGGCUGGGAGCCGGUCAUCAUCGCCAUGGCCAUCAGCAGUGUCGGUGGGUUGAUCCUCGACAAGACUGUCACCAACCCAAACUUUGCUGGCAUGGCUGUCUUCACGCCGGUCAUUAACGGUGUGGGAGGUAACCUGGUUGCGGUUCAGUCCAGUCGAAUCUCCACCUAUCUGCACAUGAACGGUCUUCCCUUGGGGGAUCCCAACCCCACCCCCAGGAAGUGCCCCACACCCUGCAACUCCUUCUUUGGCUCCUCUGUGAACUCUCGUUCCGCCCGUGUGCUCUUCCUCCUGGUCGCCCCGGGUCACCUCGUCUUCCUCUACACCAUCAACUCGCUGAGGGGGGGACACACCACCCUCACACCUGUCUUCAUUACGUUUUACCUGGCUGCAGCACUGCUACAGGUGAUAAUCCUUCUCUACCUGGCAGACUGGCUCGUGCACUGGAUGUGGGGUCGAGGCAUGGACCCCGACAACUUCUGCAUCCCCUACCUGACUGCUCUGGGUGACCUGCUGGGGACCGGCUUCCUCGCCCUCUGCUUCCACAUGCGCUGGUUCAUCGGGGACAGGGACUCUAACUCGGGCAACUGAAUGCAUGCAGCAACACACACACAUGCACACACACAUGUAAAAGAAAAAGAGAGAAUAAAACGUCACAUGCUCUUUGCUUGCACGCACGACAGUGUCAAACACCCGUAUACGCGUGAAAGUGGACAUUGUCUACUUUAAAGAGCUAAUCUCCUCUAGGGCUCGGAUUGAUGGUUUAGCAUUUGUAGCGCAGUAGCGUUGCAUCUUCAGGAUGUCGGGACACUGACGCAGCAGCAGCAGCAGCAGCAGCAGCAGCAGCAGGAUGAGUUUCACUUUCAAAACCAUGGAAACAAACCUCAAUAUCUCCACCUCAACCAGUGAACAAAACUCCACCUGAUGAACCCAGCCCCAAACACUACACUUCUCUUCCUAUAUCUUACUAAAUAACUGAGUCCUACUACUUUUAUUGUUAUUAUACUUUUGACAAUGACUAUUAUUGUUGGUAAAUAAUGCAUUUGGUAGGAAUCGAUAUGUGCAGGGCCGGUCCUCAUUAUUUUCAAUGGGGACGUUAGCCUUUCCCGUUUUUUAAAGAUCAAGUUUUAACACUCGAAACAAAGACGACAGAAGACCGCGAAACGUAUAUCCAAACCAGCCUAGAAUGCUUAAUCACCAAGUGCUAUGUCUUGUAAACAGAAUGAGUAUUAUAUGAGUCUCAUUUGUGAUUUAGUAGAGUGCAUAGGGCUAGCUAUUCUCUCCGUUUUACCCUGGCCUUGUGCCUGUAGGAAAAAGGACCAAGGGGUUUUACUGCAGGGGACUGGACCACAAAUGUAACAAGCUAUAUCCCUUUUUGGCAUCGCUCCCAUCAGUGAAUGGCUUAAUUCAAGUCAAACGGGAACAGAUGAUCUUGGCCUCGAGAGUUAGGAAUAUCAGAUCGAAGGUCAGAUCACAGUCCAACAAACGCUUAUGUCAGCCACUGCGAGAAGGGGAUUUACCUCUGAUUUUGUUAGCAGUUGAGAAUUGCAAUUGAUGCCGAUUUAAAAGUUUCUCACUCCCA